AAAAUCAGUUUGUUUAUAGUCUAUGGUUUGAGCUGCGACCGUUAACUUGUUCCGCCGUUUGUUUUUAAUCUAAUAACGUUAGAUUCUUUCACAUUAGUCAUCACAGUGAGUGUAUAACGGGACUAACGCCAAGCUAAUUCAUCAGCCUGGCUAAUAAAAGUUAUUCUAAUUUCAGUGAACGCCGGAGCUAAUGCUAAGCUAACAGGCUAAGAUGUGGAGGAAAGGUUCUGAGGGCUCGGACCGGUUCGAGUACCUGCAGACUCUGGUCACAGAGUUUCAGGACACCGACAGUGAAGAGGCAAAGGAGCAGGUUCUGGCUAAUCUCGCCAAUUUUGCAUACGACCCAAAGAACCUGCAGCACCUGAGGGAGCUGCAGGUGACCGACCUGUUCCUGGACAUGCUCACUGAGGACAACGACAACUUUAAGGAGUUUGGGAUGGGGGGUCUGUGUAACCUGAGUAUGGACCCUGAGUGCCGACACGUCAUCCUGCAGAACGGGGGGAUCGGCCUGGUCACUAACUGUUUGUCCAACCAGCGGGAGGAGACCGUGCUGUCGGCCAUCACCACGCUCAUGAACCUGGUGACGCCGUCGUCCCGCUCUGAGCUCACUGCCCCCGCCAUCCUGCAGUGCAUGCUGCGCUUCUCGCUGUCGGAGAGCCCCCGUCUGCGCAACCUGGCUGCUGUGUUCCUGCAGGACUGCUGCAGCGAGGAGCAGGUGGGCCAGGCGGAGCGGCAGAUGCAGGGACAGCAGACUGCAGUCGGCAUCCCACUGCCCAAGGAAUAACUUUAAAGACUCUUUAUUGGGGCAUUUUAGCCUUUAUUUAACAGUGAAGGGCAGAGACUGCAAGAAGAGUGAAGAGGCUGUAACCACUUAGCUCAGGUGCUCCUCAGCUGAAGUUUUUGUAUAUACAUUCAUGGAAAAAAUGACGAGACCACCCUUGUUUUCUUCAUUUUCGUGUCCAUUUUAAUGCCUGGUACAACUAAAGGUACAUUUGUUUGGACAGAUAUAAUAACAACAACUAGGACUGCAAGCAGUACUGAACCGGCCCUCGCAGUACAUGGUGUCUGCGUUACAGGGGCCAGUCUAUACCACCCCUAUGAAUUUCAUUGCCUUAAGUGUUAUAGUGUGGCCACGGUACCAAAUAUGAAAUUAGACUGCCACCACAGUGCCACCUAGGGGCCGAUCAAUAAAACCUUAAAGGGUUAUCCUCAGGAGGGCAUUGACAAUAAUUGUACCAAGUUUUGUAUAAUAAUGCACAAACUAUCCCUUUAAUCCUCAUACAGUGUCUGAAGGAGGAUUC